UUCACCGUUGCUCUGCAAUAAAAUCAAACCAACUUAUAAACCUCUUUGCAGCGGCAACUUACAGUCAUAGGCUAGUGUUCGCGAUGCCCGCGAACGAGCGGGCGGUGUUCGUGACCGUAGGCACAACUAAAUUUGAGACCCUUGUAGAGCGCGUGGACUCGCUAGAGCUACUACGGGCACUCAAAGACAAGGGCUAUACAAAGCUCGUAAUCCAAAAGGGCAACGGCUCCUACUGCCCCUCGGUCAUUGUCCCCAAGGGGCAAACGAAAGGCACGACAGAGGGCGUUGACGUCGAGUACUUUGACUACUCGCCCUCGCUAGCCGCCUACAUCACCUCGGCGGCGCUGGUCAUCAGUCAUGCAGGCUCGGGCUCCAUCUUUGAGACGCUGACUGCGGGUGUGCCGCUCAUCGUGGUGCCCAACCCCUUGCUCAUGGACAACCACCAGGUGGAGCUGGGCGAGCAGCUGGCAGCCAUGGGGCACCUGGUGAGCGCGGCCCCGGAGCAGCUGCUAGCGGCGGUGCGGUCCUUUGACCCCGCCCGCCUCAAGCCCUACGUCAAGGGCAGCGCGGCGGGCAUGGCGGCCGCCAUCGACAAGCAGCUAGGCUUCACGCCCUAGGCAGUGGCGGGAGUCUCUGACCUUAGGCGGGCGUAUGUGCCAGGCUCCGGGCGAACCAGCGGGGUCUGGGCCAUGGGGCAAGAUGGGGCAUAGCUUCCUUGCGUUGUGACCUGUUUUGACAUGCAGUUGGAUGGAGGGGUCGGGCUUGAGCUUGAGGGCUGUACUGCAUCAUGAUGCAGGGAAUUAGGCAGGUGCGCCAUGAUGCACGAGACCUGGCGCGCCUGUGCGUAUUUGGAAUGGCGAGGGGCUGCCGACGCGAGCAUGGGAACGGAGGUGGACUUGCGGGGAGUCAGGACAUGGACGUGGUGAUAUGCAUGCCAUGGGGCACGGCCGUGGUGCAGGACCCCGCGGCUAUGAGUAUGAGCAAGCUUGGCUGCCGUCUCUGUGUAAACCAUAUUUAUU